CUCUCACUCUCUCCUCCAUACAUCAGUAUGUGUUUAGCGCUGCGCGUUUAGUAUUCCGUGCACAAGGCAAAGGAGAGAGAAGGGAGGGAGGGCAGAGAGUGAAAUAGAGAGAAAAAACGAGGCUGUGAAGACAGGCGAAAACACAGAAAGAGAGGAGAAAGAGGGGAGCGAAGAGGCACCUCCUCUGUCCCUCUAGGUCUACCCUCUGGCAUCCGUCUGUCCCAGGCAAUUUCAAAGAACAUUCCAGAAAUACAGCCAUGGACCACAAUCAACAUUAACGUUUGAAUGAAUAAAGAAGAAUGACUCUGCAUUCCACAAGAGCCCACCGUAAAAACUGAUGCUGCUUUAAAGACUGAGCUCACACAUACUCUCCUCUUCCCUCACUGAUAAUUUAAAUGAGAGUCUAAGCUAUAAAAAAAAAAUCUAGGCUAUGCUUUCUGAACAACAGACCUAAAUGCAGUACCACCAUUCAUUCAUUGAAGGAAAAUUCCAAACAUUUAUGUCAAUGAAAUUCCUCUUCACCUGCUUCACCAUGACAAGGACUCAGGGAUGUCAGUGUCAUCCAUUAUAAAAAGGAGCAUGUGCUAGAGGAUUGAUUGUGGCUCACUUACCAAUGGGUUUAGCAACCAUGAAAUGUUUCAAUUAACGGUCAUAAAGAGACCCUCUCAACACCUUGUUGGAACUUUGUCAUUCUGAAACAAAAACAAGGCCUCCUGUCUUACUGGAUCAGUACAGUAGAAAGUGGCCAGACUCACCCUUUCCACUCAAGCGCCGUCCAAUUGGUGUGGGCGGUGAGGGCUACGGCGCGAUUGGUUGAGUGCAGGGUGGGUGUGCGAUGCAGAUUGGAGGAUGUCGGGGGACUGGGAAGACGACCUUUGUAAGAAGGCGUUGGUGCUGGUGGAGGAACUGUGCUUCCGGUCUGGAGGCUUCAGCCAGAGUGCGAGCUGCCAAGAGUUCAGCUACAUGAUGAGAGGACCUAACAGACAGAUGAACACAGAGAUCUCCGUAAGUCUGCUCUCCGUCAUUGUGACAUUCUGUGGCAUCGUGCUGCUCUCUGUCUCGCUCUUCGUUUCCUGGAAGCUUUGCUGGUUGCCGUGGCGUGAUAAGGAAGGAGGAGGUCUAAGCUUGACAUCAGGGCUCCUGCCUGGUGGUGUGGGUUUGAGUGGGGGUGGUGGCGGCUCGUCGCUCCUCCCUCCUCUCCUGCAGAGGAAGGACACUCACUCCUCUUCCUCUCUGUAUCCUUCACUCUCCCAGCAUGGACAGCACCACCCCCAUUUCUCUGACCUGAUGGGGGUGGAGGGCGGAGGGGGGCUGGUAGUUGGGGGUGUGGUUGGGGGUCCGCAGGAGAUGCAGGAGCAAUCCUACCUAGACAUGGACUCUUAUCCCAACAAUGCUGCGAAUCUAAAGUUGAGCCAGACAUCUCCUGAGUUGCCCCUGUCAACAGAAGGAGGCGCAGCUGCAAAAGACCUACCCAAUGCCCAAUCCCAGCAGCAGGUCACCACUAGGCCCAAGCCCAUGACUCACCAGCUCUCCAGCCCUGAUUUUCACGGUGAGGAGAAGAGUGAGCAGCUGACCAGAAUUGGGCAGAUCAAACCAGAGCUCUACCGGCUGCGCCAGGGAGACCAGGGGGAAGGCAAACAGGGCGAUACCUGCGGCAAAAUCAGCUUCCUCCUGCGCUACGCCUUCAACACGGAGCAGCUGGUGGUUAAGAUACUGAAAGCCCUGGAUCUCCCGGCAAAGGAUGCCAAUGGAUUCUCAGAUCCCUAUGUCAAGAUCUACUUACUGCCUGAUCGGAAGAAGAAAUUUCAGACCAAGGUGCACAGAAAAACUCUCAACCCUAUCUUUAAUGAGACGUUCCAGUUUGGCGUGCCCCUGGCUGAACUGCACUCACGCAAGCUCCACUUCUCCAUCUAUGACUUUGACCGCUUCUCCAGACAUGACCUCAUAGGUCAAGUGGUGGUGGAUAACCUGCUAGACUUCAGUGAGGGAACUGGCGAAAAGCCUAUCUGGAGAGACAUUGUGGAAGGCACUGCGGAGAAAGCUGACCUGGGGGAGCUGAACUUCUCACUGUGUUACCUGCCAACAGCUGGUCGACUGACUGUCACCAUUAUCAAGGCCACCAAUCUGAAAGCCAUGGACCUCACAGGCUUUUCAGAUCCGUAUGUAAAGGCAUCUUUGGUUUGUGAAGGUCGAAGGCUGAAAAAGAGGAAGACCUCCAUAAAGAAGAACACUCUCAAUCCAACAUAUAAUGAGGCUCUGGUCUUUGAUAUCCCCAACGAGAACAUUGAGAAUGUGUCUCUUAUCAUCGCUGUCAUGGACUAUGACUGUAUUGGUCAUAAUGAGGUGAUCGGGAUGUGCCGUGUUGGCAGUGAUGCUGAUGGGCCGGGAAGGGAGCACUGGACAGCCAUGCUAGCGAAUCCCCGCAAACCUAUUGAACACUGGCACCAGCUGGUGGAGGAGAAAUCCAUAACCACAUAUGUAUCAAAGAGUGCCACAGCCUCCCCAAAGCCACACAUAGUGGUGGACAGCCCUCACUCUGAGUAGAGAUGUCAGCAUUCUCUUUUUAGCAAAAUCAUUUUUUUUUCUUUCUUUUCACCUGUGAAUAAUCCUUCAUCAAGAAAGAACCAGAGAAGAGAGACUGUGCUUGUGUUUGUGCUUUUCCUCCAAAUCAUCCCUGCAGACCCAACCAACACAGUAUAUAGAUAACACCCAUUAUACUAGACCUGGCACAUACACACACUUACAUGCACACACAUACAAACACUCAUUCAAACACAUGGAAUCAUAACAAAAAACUCAAAAACUGGCAUGGAUGGUAUUGCUUCAGGAAUUAUGUUAAAGACAAAAUAUAUAAUGAUUUAUUCAGGGGAACUAUGAUAAACAUUCCCAGUUUAAAAAUAGAUUAUCUUUAUUUAGUUAUUUGAAACUGAGCCUAAAAAAAAGCAUUUUAAUUACUAUAUAAAAUAAAAAUAAAAAAUAAAAAUCAGGAGAGAGACCUGAUAAAUUAUGGACCACGAAUGUUUCUGUGUACGUGUGAGUGCAUGUGCGUAUGUGAAUUUGUAAGGGUGUCUGUGUGUAGCUAUAGAAAAUCUCUUUAAAGUGUUUUGGACAAGUAGCUGCAAGUAUUUGGAGUGGUCCUCUCUGCCAAUGCAGAAACCUAGCAACUGUUUCCUAUUUCUCUGGAGAGGAGGACUACUUUAUCAGCGGUCCCAUCUGGAGAAGGAGACAUAAGGAUGGAUGCAUUGGCCAAAUCAUCUUGUGCGGUAUUGAAAUGUGUCCCUCUGUCUUUUUACAAAUGUUAUCACCUUCUGCUUGGAGCUCAUUGAGAUCACCAAUUAAUUUUCUUUCCAAACCAUCCUUGUUGGUCUACCAGAUAAGAAAGGAACAGUUCGACAAUAUGUUUUCCGGACAUUGACAUGCUGGCAGACUGUAUCCCCUUGAGAACUUUCCCAAGGAGCUAUCAUUGAUUUCAAAUAUUGCCAGAGGACCCUAACUAGGACGGAUUUGUGUGCACUUCCUGGAAACAUAUCCUACAGGGAAAAGAUUUGGCCAUAGUAUUUUAUUUUUAUACCACGCCAGGAUUUUUUUGGGGGGGGGGGGGUUCUUUUAGACAUUAUUUAUUUCCAAAAGAGGACAUGUGUGCUCUGCUACAUCCCUUGCCCGGAGGACUACUUUGGAAAAACGCAUCUGUUCUCUUUUCUUCCCGUGUACUUAAGUGUUUGUGGGAGUGUUCUUUUGUGUCGAUAUGCAUUUGCUCGUUGGUUUGUAUGUGUGCGUGUAUGCCUGUGUGUCGUUAUAUGUCACUGUGACCCUUUGUACGACCCCAUGUUUGCAACUAACGUCUCGCUCUUUGCCCCCUCCUCUCUCCUGCACAGAAAAAAUCUCAUUUUGAACAAUCAAAAUGUGUCUCUUGUCCUGUGUCUUAGAGGAACUAUUUCUUGUGUAGGACCAUUGCACUUGGUAGGGACAGGGUGUAAUUUCUCAGAUCCGCAUUUCGGUCAGUCUCCGUAGAAUGUGGUAGUAACCCGUCUCUGUUGUUACCCUAACCAGCACGUCACUGAAAAGUUUCCCUAGCCUGAUCUAUGUUCUUGUGUUGGGUGUGCUCUUCUUUUUUUGUAAAUGUGCUAUGUAUGUAAGAGGGGACAAACCUGGUGGCCACAGUUGUCAAGGAAUAAAAUAUUGGAAGUUUUUAAUUAACUUAAAAAGAAAAAGAAAAAAGACUAACUGGUUCUCUUCAUCUCUUUUGGCUAAUGUGACUAUCUUUUCUCUCUGAAGCAUUCCUUGCAAACAGAGACAUAGAGGGGGACAAGUCUUACAUGAUUUUAGUGCAUGAGAAUGAUUUUCAUUUGACCUUGUUUUCAUCUUACAUUAUAGACUGACUUUAGAUGCAAACACUGCUGUAAACUUUUUUUUUUUUUUUUUGGUCACACUUACAUUUAUCAAUUCAUGUACCCUUGAUAUCCAGGUCUGCACAAACACUGCAGCUAUUAAUAUUGCAGAAAAGUCCACAGUACAGCCACUGCCAAAUGCUACUGCACACAUCCCUCAAUGCAGGAAUACUAAACACUCAUGUUAUUGAAAUAUACAUCAGUAUAAUUAUUACCCACUGCAGCUCCUGAACUCAUAUUUUCUCUGUUUCUAUUAUUAAUCACACACCAGGCCAAGCUAUUGGGCUUGGACACAGACACAGACACAGACACACACACACACACACACAGAGCAAGCUCAGUCCUUAGUCCGUUAUCAUAUAUCAGCUCUUGUUGUUUUUUAAGAGGCCAUUGAUCCCUUCAUACACGUAGAUGUGAUAUCGACCCACAGUCUUCGGUUCCACCCUGCUCUAGUCAGCAGCCCUGUUUUUCCUGCUGCCUUUGAUCUUACACACUGGAGGCACAAUCCCUGUAGAGUGACCUCUGACCCCUUCAUCAGCUUCCAUACUUUAUUAUUCCAACACAAACACAUACACGCCACUCACUUUUAUGAUAUUCCGCUCUUUCCUUUCCUUUAUCAGCCCAUAUUUCUCUCUAUGUUGGUCUCCCCUCUUACCUCUGGUUCUCUAUGUCAGUGCAAUUCUGAAUGAUCUUGAGGAAAUGUGUUUGCAUGCUUGUAUAAACAUGGAUGAUGUCAACUUGAUGCAAUGAUAAUUUAAUAAGUGAUGCUCAACACAAAAUCUGAGGAUGAACUUGAUACUAACACUACUAAUGACGAACAUGCUGACCUAGCAACCUGUUCCAUAUCAUCACAACACGGAUGAUUAAAAACGUUGUUAAUAUUGUAUAUUCUCUUUGAAAUGGCAUUACAGUUUCUGGGUAUAUUUUUGUUUGUUUGUUCGUUUGUUUGCUUUUUAAUUUUCUUUGAAAAUUUUUACUUUUUUUAUAUGUUAAGAUUCAGCAGAGACUUAGAGCAAGAUAUAAAUUAAAUGCAGUCAGGGUGAGAACAUUUCAGAAAAACAAAACAAAACUGAAAAAGAGCAAAUACAUAAAUAAAUAAAAAUCCCCCAAAAAACUGUUAGGAGGAUGAAUAUGUGAAUGAUGAAGAUAAGAAGAUGAUUUUAAGGCUGGAGCAGUGAUGGCUGAAAUAAAACAUAUAUGAAAAAUCAUUAUGACAUGUUUGCUUGAUAUAACUGUUUGUAUUCAUUUAAUACAAUAAUUUAAGUAGGCUGUGAAUCACACUGAUCUUUCGGUCUACCUCUUGCUUUCUGUGUCUCAUUCCAUUCCCCCUCCUGCUGUACAUUAAGUUGUGUGUAAUUAUUUAGUUACAGUCAUUCAUUUUUUAUAGCAGACUUGCUUUAUAGAAAUGCAGUGUGGAGCAUUGCAGUGCUUGUGUACAUGCUUCUGUUUGUGUUUUUGUGUUAUUCCAUAGGCCCCCCCAAAAAGAACAAAAUAUUAAGAACAAAAUAAACAUUUAGAUUUUUAAAUUCAGUCAGUCCACUCGGGUCGCACAGAUUUGCUUUUAACUGAAAAUUCUGUCAUUAUCUUCCCACUGUUGUGUCAAUUCAUUUUUCUCCCCUGAAUAACAAAAAGAGUUAUUUUGAAAAAGUCAAAGCUGCUCUUUUCCAUUCAACUAAAAUGCAUGAUUAUCAGUGACCAUGCUUACAUGCACUUAAGAAAAUGGUUUAUUCCAGGGGUUUUGCAGUAAGUGGCGUUCUGUCAUGCUAUGUAAACAAGAACGCCAAUUUCCUUGCGUGGUUUAAGGGAUUAAAGGAAAGCAGUUUAACACACCCAGGUUUCUCCUGGAGAAACCGUCCCAUUGUGGUCAUGUAAACACAUAGGCGGCGUUCUUACAGGUUUUUGAGGAGUGUGCAUGUGCGUGAACAGACCGGAUAACAAAUAUCAUAGGAUGGGGUCCAAGAACAAAUCAACAAUGUGGAAAAUAAUUCAAUGUUUCUGGGAAUACAGUGGGUAAAGCACAUACACUAUAAACUAUACCAAUUUAUACUGUACCAAUGUAAAAUUUCAUGGUCCCUUACGUUCAAGUAUAAGCACUGGUACAUUGGGGGAAUCCCAGAGUUUUACAUAAGAGGGAAAGCCCACUAUUGUACGUUGCGACAAAGUUAAGUUUAAAAACAUAGCAACAGCUCUGGAAUAUCUGGGAUAAAAGCGAAGCAACAGAGAAUAAAAGAGCAAAGUCGUCGUCAGAUACCAUGUUUGUUAUUUACACAAGUGUCACAGGGAAAUUACAUUGCUGUGGAGAAAGCUGCUUACUGACCGAGCCACAUAUGGGAGUAAAGAGUUCCGGAACACUACUUUCUUGCAAUAAACCGCUUUCUGAUGUCCAUGUAAAUGUAGUCACUGCCUCUACAGUUCAGUUGCAAUUUAGCUUGCCAAAAAAAUUUUAAAAUGUAAUAUUAGGUCAGGAUUUGAUCCCAUGUGCCCUGGAUUGCUUAUUGAAAACUGUACCACUACACUAAAAUGUCUUAACACAUAUACAAUAAACGUAAAAUUUA